AUGAAAACGUCACUUCAAGUCCCUCCCUGUUUGAAUCUCAUUAGUUUUUUUCUCGCGUGUUUCUCCCUGUCAAUAAUCCCGAAUCCAGACUCUCUCUAUUUCCAUCCCUCUCUAUCUGUCAAUCAGCGCCGCCUUUGAACUGAAAACCACUCCGACCAACUUCAACUCCCUCAAUCCGAGCGCCUCAGCUCCGUCUCCGGCUUCUGUUUCUGCCAAGAUUGCCCUCUUCUUUUUGAGUUUUGAGCACUCAUCCAGCCAAACGCCAGUGCAAGUCCCUAAACUUAAACUCCGGAUUCGGGGAUCACACCGAGAUCAAGGGUUUAAAAACUUUUGGUGUUUUUGGCCCCCCGCAAAAUUAGCGCUCCUCGGGAAAAAUGCCGCAGCUGAACGGCGGUGGAGGGGACGAUCUGGGUGCGAACGAUGAAAUGAUUCCCUUCAAAGACGAAGGCGAGCAGGAGGAAAAAAUUUCGGAGAACUCCUCUGCAGAAAGGGAUUUAGCAGAUGUCAAGUCUUCUCUCGUAAACGAGUCGGAAACGAAUCAAAACAGCUCUUCGGAUUCCGAGGCGGAAAGACGGCCUCCGCCUAGAUCUGAAAGUUUCAGAGACAAAACAAGAGAAAGUUUAGAGGAUGCUGCGAAAAGGCAAGAUGGAGGGCUGUUCAAGAGCCCACCGUACCCGGGCUAUCCAUUUAUAAUGAUUCCCGACCUCACGAGCCCGUACCUCCCGAACGGAUCGCUCUCCCCGACCGCGCGCACAUACCUACAGAUGAAAUGGCCACUGCUAGAUGUUCAAGCAGGAAGUCUUCAGAGUAGACAAGCACUUAAAGAUGCCAGGUCACCAUCUCCAGCACACAUCGUUGGGCCCUACUGCUGGGAAUUCCCCGGACAGGCAGAUCUGAGUCUUCACCAAUUACAUUUGUCUAAUAAGGUCCCCGUGGUACAGCACCCUCACCAUGUGCACCCUCUCACACCUCUGAUUACAUACAGCAAUGAGCACUUCACACCCGGGAACCCCCCUCCACAUCUACAAGGAGACGUGGACCCCAAAACAGGAAUUCCAAGGGCCCCACAUCCUUCAGAAAUAUCUCCUUAUUACCCCCUAUCUCCUGGCACUGUAGGCCAGAUACCCCAACCACUAGGAUGGUUAGUACCACAGCAAGGUCAACUGGUUUACCCAAACACGACGGGAGGUUUCAGACACCCCUACCCGACUGCCCUCACUGUCAAUGCGUCCAUGUCAAGUCUUUUCUCCUCCAGGUUUCCUCCACACAUGGUGCCACCCCACCACAGUUUGCACACCACAGGGAUCCCUCACCCCGCCAUCGUCGCACCCAACGUCAAGCAGGAGUCCUCUCACAGUGACAUCGGAUCCCUCAACAGCUCGAAACAUCAAGAUGCGAAAAAGGAGGAAGAGAAGAAGAAACAGCCCCACAUAAAGAAACCUCUAAACGCGUUUAUGUUGUACAUGAAGGAGAUGAGAGCUAAAGUCGUGGCGGAAUGCACACUGAAAGAGAGCGCAGCUAUAAAUCAGAUCUUGGGCCGAAGGUGGCACGCUCUUUCCAGAGAGGAGCAGGCCAAAUAUUACGAGCUCGCCAGGAAAGAACGACAGCUUCACAUGCAGCUCUACCCCGGCUGGUCGGCACGAGACAACUAUGGGAAAAAGAAGAAGAGAAAAAGGGAAAAGCAGGCAGGAGAGGGCACUGAACACAGAGAAUAUUUUCCAAACCCUUGCCUUUCACUUCCACCGAUUACAGAUGCAAAUACCCCUAAGAAGUGUCGUGCCUUGUUCGGGCUUGACCAGCUGGGUUUAUGGUGCAAACCCUGCAGGAGAAAAAAGAAGUGCAUUCGCUACAUUCAAGGUGAAGGCAGCUGUGCCAGUCCUCCCUCUUCGGAUGGAAGCUUACUAGAGUCUCCCCCAUCCUCUCCCUCCAUGAUCACUCCACCCCUGUCCUUAAAAGAGUCCAAGCCACAAACUGAACAAAUGCAACCUCUAUCACUGACUAUGAAACCGCCCCCCUUGAUCUCGUCCUCUCAACACCGACACCAGUUAUCUCUGUUGGACAACUCUGGGGUGGGCAAAACAUCCGGGCCGGCACACAACGGCUCUUUGGAUCCCUCAGAUGUGUCGUCGUCUCGACCCACAGGCUCCGCCUCUUCUAGGCCUUCAUCGGCGUGUCAUUCCCACUCUCUGCUACCCAGCUCGUCGUCACAACCCCUUUCGCUCGUAACCAAGUCAAUAGACUAGCUUUGUUUUUUUAACCCUUUCUCUGUUUGUCUGUCUUUGUCGUGUCUUUUUUCGUUGCGUGUCGAUUCAGUUUUACCGUGCGAAAUGGCUUUGAAAAUUAGUUAGUUCUUUAUUGAAGUUCAUUGGUCAAUAUUUGACCCGUCAUUAUCUAAAACAAUGAAAUUAUUAUGAUUAAAUAUUGAUGAUGAAAUACACUAAGUUGUAGAGUAUAGCUUUGUGAAUCUGCCAAAUUUUUUUACGAAUUUUUCGUUCGUUUUGCCUUUUUCAGCUGUACGACAGAAAACUACAUAACUGUUAUGUAGUUUUACAUAGACAUGUUUAAAGACAGAUAUACAAAGUAGGUGAGGAAUCAGUGAGCCCUUUUCUCGAAGAGUUGGUUCUUCUUCAUUAUUUGUAUUAAAUACGAGCUUGUGAACCAAUCAUUUUACAGCAGUCCAAAACUCAGAGGGAACGAGGACCGCGGAGACACUCUCCGACUGAGGAACAACUUUUAUUGUGAUGUUACUUGUUCUUGUUUAAAUGUACAGAAAUAUGGGGGGAUAUUGUGUUAAUAUGCAUUGUUCCAUUGCGUUGUCUGUUUGAUCUUUUUUUUCUUGUCGUUGUUUACCAGGGUUGGGGUGGGCGGACUCAAUUGGAGGGAUGUUUUGGGGUCGGGUGGGCAGGGUUUGGCAUAUUCAAUACAAACUGUCACAACGCUAGGACCAGUAGUAUUUAUUGCUUUAGAGAUUGCUUGUCGUACUUGUAUGUUGUCCCUUUUUGAAACAUUUUCUUUUUCUUAAUACAUUGUAUAAAUAUUCUUUUUCUUAACGUAAGCAACUUAUAUAAAUAUAUAUAUAAAUGAUCCAUUUUUACAAGGAGGUUUUGAAGUUAAAAUGUUUUAUUGUUUUGAUUACACGAAUUUCUUUUAUUUUGUUGAAAACCAGGAUUCCACCUAAACUACAGUGUAGAUUCUCAGAAAAAAAUGUAAAAAAAACAAAAACUAAAAAACAAAACAGACGAACAGACGUAUGCACAACUUAAUUUCUAGAAACAUAUCUAUAAGCCAUUUUACAAUAGGUGAAAAGGAAACUUGAAACGGGCACAGUGGGUUCCAUGUCUUCAGUAGUACAGUUUUGUCUGAAGCCCUUCUUUUCUAUUGUACAGUCUCAUCUCUGCCGGACUGUAGAAUCGUGUACAGAUUUCCCGUGCCAAAAUUUGUGAUAAUUUCCUCUCCACCUCUUAUAGCGCUGUAGGUUCUUCUGUUGUCAAUGUUUGUUUUUCUUUUUGUUUUCAACCAUAAUUUGCUGUGACGUUACAUAGAUUGCUAUGUAUGUAGUAUAAAUGUUGCUAUAACAAAUGUGUUUGGUAGCAGAUUGUCAAAUAAUUAAAUUGAAACUUAAUAAAAGACGGACGUCAUACUGUAUAAACCCUCAAGGGCCAAAUUAUGUAUAUUAGGAGGUUCAUAAAAAACGAUGAAAUAAUACAAAAAAACACAAACUGCCACUUUUAAGUACACAACUACAUAUAGGUAGAUAGAAAAAAUAGGCAUGUUGAUGUUGCAAGAAGCUGUAAAAAAGCUGCAAGAGAAUCAUUCAUUCGGUGCCAUUGUAGUUGACAUGACGCAACUGUAACCCGUCGAUUUCUUCUCUGGUUUAUUAAGAUGCUAAUGAUGAAUAGUUUGAAUGUUUCCUUAACGGCUGUGAUGUUCCUGUUAUAUUUUAUGCUCUUAUCUUUUUAUUUUCGUUUGUUUUUGUUUGACCUUUUUGUUUUGUUUUUUUAUUUUCUGUUUUGUUUUCCAUUAUUUGAAAUGGUUCCCAAAAACCAUGUUUUGUAAUGAAUAAAUGUUAAUGCUGUACAGUCUCUGUAGCAUGCAGUUCUGUAUUAAUAAAAACGAGUUAGUAUGUGA